CUUGCAGGUGGGAACCGCUGUGAAGUGAAUUACUAUUAAAUUAUUUUAUAACACUCAAGUUACACCCAUUAUUUGUGGUGAGUCGACUUGCUAUGCGACCGUAAACAGCCACUCCCCUUUCGUUGAAGGGCACCGAAAGCCGCCCCCCGCCCAUUCUUGUCAUCGGCAUUAAUGUAAUGCGAGGUACGACUAGCAGUCCGAAGCCAGCGUUGUCCAAAAGUUAAGGGGACCCUCGCCCAGGAGGUUACAAUGGCAACUGGAGGUGUCAAAAUGUCAGGUCCAAUGUGCCUCAUAGAAAAUGUCUCGGGGAAACUCCAGAUAAAUCAAAAGGCUGUGGACAUCCUGUCUGGUAUCAAUCAGCCAGUGGUUGUGGCAGCCAUUGUGGGCAUGUAUCGCACCGGAAAAUCCUACCUAAUGAAUAAGCUAGCAGGGCAGAAAAAAGGCUUCUCUCUGGGAUCAACUAUCCAGUCUCACACAAAGGGCAUCUGGAUGUGGUGUGUUCCACACCCAAUGAGGGAUGGACACACUCUGGUGUUGCUGGACACUGAAGGGCUGGGUGAUGUGGAGAAGGGAGAUGACAAAAAUGAUAACUGGAUCUUUGCUUUGGCUGUCCUCCUGAGCAGCACACUGAUCUACAAUAGUAUAGGCACCAUCAACAAUGACGCUGUACAGAAUUUGCACUAUGUAACUGAGCUGACUGAGCUCAUCAAAGUAAAAUCAAAGCAAGAAGGCCCAGAUGAGUCAUCAGAAUUUGCUCGGUUCUUCCCUUCAUUUGUAUGGGCAGUGCGAGAUUUCAGUCUUCAACUAGAACUGGAUGGGAGGCCUGUUACAGCAGACGAAUACCUUGAGAACUCUCUCAAGCUUAAACCUGGAGUCAGCAAGAAUGUCCAAACUUACAACUUACCCCGAGAGUGCAUCCGGAACUACUUCCCCAGACGCAAGUGCUUUGUGUUUGAGCGACCCUCCACCGUGGAGUGCAUGCGAAAGCUGGAAGAAAUGGAUGAGUCAAAGCUAGAAAAGGGAUUUAUAGAAGAGACGAAGAAGUUCUACAAUUUCAUCAUGAGAGAAACGUCCAUAAAAACCUUAAGCGGAGGCAUCACUGUAACUGGCCGUUUGCUGGGCAAUUUAGCCACCACAUAUGUGGACGCAAUCCUCAGUGGGUCCAUCCCAUGUCUGGAAAAUGCCGUGUUAGCUCUUGCCCAGAUUGAAAACUCAACUGCAAUCAGCCUUGCUGUUGCCCAUUACCGUGAGGAGAUGGACAAGCGAGCCAAAUUGCCUACUUCAACUCAGGCAGAGCUAUCUGACGUGCAUCAUCAGUGUGAAAAAGAAGCUGUGAAAAUCUUUAUGGAGCGAUCUUUUAAGGAUGACGAGCAGAAAUACUAUUUAGAGCUAAUGAAAUUGUUGGAAGAACAAUAUAAUUUAGUUUGUCAAAGGAAUGAAAAGGAAUCGAGGGAGGUUUGCUCCAGUCUCCUGCACAACCUCUCCAAGAAAAUGAGAGAGGAGCAAAACACCGGGAACUACAUGAAACCAGGUGGAUUCAAGAUUUAUCAGAUGGACCUGGAAGAUGUGAUCCGUGACUACAAGGACAGACCUAGAAAAGGCAUCAUGGCUGACACAGUUCUGAAUGAGUUUCUGAAGGCUAAAGAAAAUGAGGGCAAAGGGAUCUUGUGCGCAGAUAAGUCUCUUUCAGCUCAGGAAAAACAAAUUAAAGAGGAGCAAACCAAACGUUUAGCAGCUGAAAGAGAAAAUGAAGUAAUUAGGGAGCAGCAGGAAAUCCUUCAGAAGCGAAUAGAAGAUCAAAAGAAGGCAUUUGAGGAGAACAUCGAGCAGCUCAAGAGCAAAUUUCUAGAAGAACAGAAAAAGGCAAAGGAGGAAAGUGAGAGAUUCCUGAAUGUAAGGCUUAAGGAACAGCAACAGCUUCUGGAGGAAGGAUUUGAGAAAAAAGCAGGACUGUUGAAUGAAGAGAUUAAUAGACUGAAGCAGGAGAUUGCAAAUAAAAGCAAACCAUCAUGGUUCGGAGAAAUUUUGGAUACUGUUGGGUCAGUUGGUUCACUGGUCCUGCCAGGAAUUGGAGGAAGGCUGCUUGGAGUUGGCACAACACUCCUUUCUAAAUUGUUCUGAAUAGCACCAUGAGAUAGUGACACUUGCACUUGAUCAACAUUAAAAGGGAACUGAUUGCAGAAUGGCUCAGUGUUCAAGGAUAUGGCCAUCCUGUUUAUUUCAAACUCAAAGCAAUCAGACAAAACUUUGAUAUAAUUUUCUACCAAGGUGGACUGGAGAGACCAAUAAGGGUUUGAGGAUGUAGCACAUUAUAAAAGUCACAUUUGUGCUUGUUAAGGUGACAUUAAGCAGCUUUUCUUACAGGUGACAACCUGAAGGUCAGAGUGAAAAAUAAGGGGAGUAACUGAACUGCCUGCUUUGUUAUAUUAUAAAUACUACAUUGCUAAUAUGUGAGUUUAUAUACAGUAUAUAUUAAUAGGGUUAUACUUCAAGUUAAGAAAUAUCAUUUGAGAUGAUAAAGUCAAACCUCUCAAAGUGAUAAAAAAGGACUUUCACUGGAUUAUUUAUUGUAUGUGUUCUGUGCAACACCAUACAGUAUGUGUUCUAUGUUUGUAAGCUUCUAGCAUCUUUUCAAGUUAAAUGAUUUUCCCUUAUCAUUCUACUAUUACUUAAUUCAAAAAUAUUUACAAUGUUUGCCAAAAAAGGUGACUUAAUAUGAUGACUUUAAAAAUUAAACACUGAUAUCUUUAUUGUAAACUAUGUAGCCAACUUCUUAUUUGUUUUAUAAGCCAUAAUGUACUUCUGGUACAAAUGUAAUAUUCCAUAAUAUAUAUUGAACUAUACUUGGAAAGCACCAUAGGAAUGCUGUUGGCUAUAUAGUUGGUGCUCAAAUAAAGGUUACUUAAUUGGUCACGAAUAGACUCUUAGAAAGACUGAUCCAGUAGGCAGUCAAUGCGUAUUUUCUAGCAGAAUAAGCAUGAUAUGAAUAAUAAUAAAGGAGGGCUUAAGGGCCAAUUAACAUUUUCUCAUUUAGCUUACAUGGUGUGCUUUCUUCAGGCUAAAGGGGGAAAACUAUUUG